CUGCUGACAGUGGACCUAAGAUAUGUCACUGUGGCAUUGUCACUCUCCACGAAGGGGCCACCAUAUACCACACACAGACACUGAACUAUACUUCCAUUGUACUGGGCUCUAGCUGGGAUGGUCAGAUUCGUCACCAAAACACCUUCAGAAGUUGUAAUCUCUGAGACAACCAGAUCACGAAGUAUGUUAGGCAGAAAUAUUUCUCGCUGUGUUCCAUUGACUCUCCACAGAGUGGUCCCGCCUCUUGUCUCACAUGUAAAAACUGCUGAUUGGUUUAGAAAAACAGUUGUAUUCCCGGGAGCAUGGAGAAUCUCUGGAAAAGAUAAACAAAAUUAUAGACAAUAGAAUAGACUAUUACCUUGAGCCACACAGGAUAAAGUAAGCAACAGGGCACCAACUAAACCUCUGGUUGAGAAAUAGGUUUCCAUUAAAUGGUAUUAGGCUGGGUUCGCUAUUAGCACAGCGCA